CGCGACUGUCAUUGUUUCGUCUUAAUCACGCCGCGACACGGACACACCGUCCAGCGAAUGCUGAUCGCAACGACCACCCCUUCGCGGAUUGAUCAGUGAUCCCCAUUAAUGGGGCUUCGGUCAUGAAUCCCGCUCAGUUCCCCAACCCUGGCGGGGGCAUGCCUGGUGCGGUCACGCAGGGCAUGCAGCCGCCCAAGAACGAGAAUGCCCAGGCCAUCAUGGCCCAUGUCGCCCAUGUGUUGUCGAACCAAGGACCUUAUAGUGGAUGGAAAGCAGAGGUUCCGAUAAAGGCGCGGGCGAUGAACGUGUAUCAGAUGAUUACUUCCCUCCGUCUCAUCCAACCUCGGAUCGAUAUCAACCAGGCCGCACAGGCUGCGCUGAGCUUCGAGCAGAAGUCCUUUCAAAAGGCCACCGAACGGUCCGAAUAUGAUAAGGAUUGUAUGGAGAAGCUACUCCACAUCAAGGAUACUCGACAGAGACAGGCAGCGGUCGCGAUUCAAAGUGGCAUGAUACCCCAAGGGGGUGCCAUGCCGAACCAACCUCAGGGUGCUUUUCCGCAGCAGAUGAAUCCGAACAUGCAGACGUCACCCGUUCUGGGCCAGCCCCAGAUGGCGAUGGGAAUGAACAAUAUGAGCCAACAGGCUGCAAUGCAGCAGCGCCGACAACAGUCAGCCGCGAUGCUCCAGCAGCAGCAGCAGCAGCAACAACAACAACAGCAACAGCAGCAGCAGCAGCAGCAGCAACAGCAGCAACAACAACAACAGCAGCAGCAGCAGCAGCAGCAGCAGCGAGCUCAGCAACGCCCCGGAAAUGGCGCCCCUCUUCCCGAUGACCUGAACACGCUCUCCCCGCAAGAACUCGAGCAUGUGGCUCGACUGGCUCAACAAAUGCAGUCCAAGACCUCGCCUGAAGACAUGGAGAAGAUUAGGAUGAAUCUGUCCAACAUGAACCCAGACCAGCAGCAGUACUUGGCUCGAAAGAACAUGGAUCCGUUGACCUAUUUCUUCCGCUCGCAAGCACUCAACCAGCUGAGAAGACACCGUCGCGCUCGCAUGGAGAUGGGUCGUGGCCAAAGUGCUAGCGUGGACGGUAUGAUGAGUGGUGGUGAUCCUAUGAACAAUCCUCAGAUGUUCCAAAACAUGAUGAACCUCCAGCGCAACUCAGCCUUUUCUGGUACUCCCGGCCAGGGUCUUGAUCCGUCGAACGCCUUCAUCGGUAAUGUGGAGAAUAUUCAGGGCCAGCAAGCAGACGGGCUUCGAUCACAGGAAGCGGGCCAGCUUGUCGUUCCUGCCAGCUCAUCGCAGAUGAACCACCAACAGUUCCCAAACCAGCAGAACAUGUUCCCCCAGGGAAUGGGCCAGAACGGCCAAGCCAACAUCAACGGCGCCGGCGUUAACCCUCACAUGUUCAACCAGCAGCAAAUGCAGAAUGGCAACCAAUUCCAGGCCCAGCAGUCCCAGGCACAGGCUCACGCACAGGCUCAGGCUCGUGCCCAAGCAGCCCAGAAGGCCCAGAUGGCGAUGUCAGCACAUGGUGGUCAGGCAAACCCCCAACCACAACCCCAUCUCUCCCAGCAGAGCCCAGUGAUGCCAAUGUUGAACCAACCAAUGCCCGGUCAAAUGUCUCCAGCUCAGGUCCCAGCUCAAUCUCGACCUCCAUCCCGCCCACCAAACAUAGGUCAGCAACCUGGUGGAGUCUCGCAGCCUGGAAUGCAAGCUCGACCGCAGAUUCCGGCGAACCUUCCCCCGCAGAUCAAGAACCAGCUACAACAAAUGACUCCCGAGCAACUCAAUGCUUUCUUCUUGAACCAGCAGCGCCGUGCCAGUAUGGCAAACAACAUGGCUCGAGGCAACGCUCCCCAGCCGCCCGGCUCCCUUCAGCAGACCGCAUCACAACCUGGCCAGAACCCGGCGAUGAUGAAUGGACAGAUGGGAAACAAUCGCAUGAGGAACUCCAUGAGCAUGCAGCAGGGCAUGAACGCAGGGCAGGCCCAGGCUCAGCAGCUUCAAGGUCAGCAGAUGACGCCGCAGCAACGGCAACAACAGCAGCAACGACAGCAAGAACUUUACCAGAUGCAACUGCUCCGCAACCAGAACAACGGCAUUGAGAUGAACCAGGAUCAAGUCAAGCAAAUGGACCAGGUCCCCUUCCCGCCGUCCCUUCUCAGCAAUUCGUCUUCUCAGGUGCCGAAGAACAUCAAGUCCUGGGGCCAGCUUAAGCAGUGGGCGGCUUCGAACCCGCAGGCCUCGAACGGUGUCGAUCUGCCAAAGCUCAUGACGCUUCAGAAACUUCAUUUUGCGCAGGUUGUCAGCAAUCAGGCCAAAGACCUCAAUGCCCAGGCCGCAGGACUACCUUUCAAAGGAGCCCAAACACAGGUGGCAAACACACAGAAUAGCGCACAGAGUUUCCAGCCCGGCCAGCAGCCUCCUUUAAAUAUGCCAACUAUGCGUGCGAUCACGGCCCAAGACAUUCUGAUGGCCCGGCAGAAAAUUGGACCCAAUUCUCACAACUUCAGCGACGAUCAGAUUCGCGAGAUCCUACGUAACCGUCAGAGACAAAUUCUCAUGCAGGCGGCUCAGAACCGAGCACAAAUGACUGGAAACAUGGCAUCGGCUCCGAAUCAGUCCAUCUCACAGCCUCCCAUUUCCGUUCCCCAACCCGGCCCGCAAGCUAAGCCUCCGAUGCCACAACAGCAACAGCCCCAGCCAGCCGAGCCUGCGAAGGCGCAGACUGCAACCGCAACCAAGGGGGCAAAGGGACCGACGAGCAAACCGGCUUCGAAGAAGCGAGCCAACGCUGAUGAAUCUGCUGAGACUCGCGCCACGGCCACGCCUCAACAGCCUCAACCAGCAGCACCCCCUAGCGGGCCUUCCAAACCUGGCGUUCAGUUCACACAGGAGCAAAUCGCCCAAAUGAGUCCGCAGCAGCGAGCACAAGUUGAGGCUCAAUUCCGUCGACAGCAACAAAUGCAGUUCCGCGGCACGAUCCUCAACAGGGCGGCUGCAGAAGAAGCCUGGAACAAAAAUCUACCGCCCAAGGUCAUGGAGGUGUACACCGAUAUCGCCAAGAACGCACCCGCUUCGAAACCUAUUCCCGUUUCUCCAGAACAGAAGGCGAUCAUGACCCAGCAGCUGCGUGACUCCCUGGAUGUGCUUGGUCGAUUGGAUGUUUUGGUGUUGCACGGAUUCCCCCGGUUACAGGGCCAGGAAAAGAACGUGAGGAACGUUCUCGCGAUGCGAAUCCAGUUGAUGCGGCAGUUCAAACCGUCAGCCGAAUGGAUUGUCAAUGAUCAGUUUACCAUCACUCCGGAUUAUUUAACUGGUGCAAUCCUGUUCAUCCGAAAGCUGUUCCAGGUUAUGAUGGUUCGCAUGAAUCAGCAACGAUCCAACGCCAACCAGCAACAGCAACAGCAACAACCUCCUGUAUCGGGUCCUCCGAACACGCAGGCUGGCACCUCAGCAUUAAACGCGACCAAUCUCCAGCAGCUGCAGCGGCAGCAGGAAGAAGAAGCCCUCCAAAGAGCUCGUCGCGCCUCCAGCCAGUCUGCAGGCGUCGCGCCAGCGCCAUUUGGGGCCCCCUCUCCCCAGGGAGUUCCGCAUGCAUACGGCCCCGGUGGUCUCGCACCCGAGAAGCUCAAGCUUCCUCCGCCUAAGAAGAGAAAGCAGUCCCAUGCCGGCCCCAGCGCAUCUCCCGUGCAGGCCAGCGCUCCUCCCGCCGCCGCUGCAAAAUAUAAGCAGGACGUGGCAGAUGCCAAGUCUCAAGCUGCGGCUUUGUCUCGAGGAGGGCCGUGGACAUGCUCCGUUGCUGAGUGUCCGCAUCACCUCCAAGGUUACACGACCCAAGCCGGGUUGGAAAUGCAUAUGAAGGACGAUCACCCGCCCGAGGAAGAGGAGAUGCCUGAAGAUGUUAUGCAGUUUUACAUGGACAGCAUUGACAUUGGCCUGGGUCUUGACCAGAAGACCCUGCAGGCCAAGGCGGUUGCUACCGUAGCGGUAUCUGCCCCCAACAACCUCAGUGUGGCAUCUCCUGCCAAGCCGGCCCCUGCCACUCCCACCGCAACCCCCAUGCUGCGCACUGCUAGCCUCCUGGGAGCAAAGACCGCUUCCCCUGCCACAUCGGCUCAGCAGCUCACUCCUGGCCAGGCUGGCAAGAAUCUCAAGCCUUCGCCCGGCAAAGACACCCCGAAGGAUGUCAGCAAGGAUGGCAUGGCGAGAGACCCGUGGGCGGAUGCGCCGAUGUCUCUGGAGAAGAUCCACGAUACCUUCCAGCCCGUUUUCGCGGAGUGCCGACGCCGCGAAAUGGGUUACGACCCCUUCGAAGAAUUCAUGAAUGCCGACAUGUUCUCUGGAGAACAAUCAGACAGCACCCCCGACUCCCUGGACGUUGCACUGGCGACUCGGACCCCCGAGGACAAAACCAACAUCGAGACCAACCAACCCGUCAACUGGCAAGACUGGAUGCCCUGGGAUGCCGAAGCGAUUGAGGCCACCGAGGAGUGGAUGGGGAUUCCCUCAAGCAUCGCUUUCGACAACCAACUUCUUAAUGGUGGUGGUGACACUCUCCAAGUCGACUUCGAGCGUCUCCAGCGCAUGUACCAGGAGUCGAAGAACCUCGACAGUGCCAAUCUUGCUAUUCCCGCCUUGUGA